UUAAAACCAAGUUUUGAAUUAAUGGUGUACAAUUUUGUAAGGUAUUUGGGUUUACUUGAGUAAACAACGUAUUUAGAACAAUUUGUGUGAAUAAACGAGGUAGGUUAGGAUAAUUCUCUCCUUAGUGUUUUCAAUUCAAAGAUGAACAAAAAACUGGAAAAUGAGAUUCGGUGCUAUGCCAACAUUUCUGCAGAAGCUUAUAAUACUGAGAAAGUAGUCACGGAUACAGCCACAGAUCAGUUGGAGGUUGAAGCUACAGUAUUAAAAAUAUUUAGACAAUUUGAAAAGGAAGCAUCCAUUGAUCCUGAUCUGCCAAUACUUAAUAAACGGGUUCACAGUAAGCAAUUAAAAACUUGGUUGAAGGCAUUACCAAAAGGUUAUGAGUGCUUGGAUGCCAGCAGACCAUGGCUUGUGUACUGGAUUUUGCAUGCACUGUGGAUCUUAGAUGACAUGCCCGACACAGAGACAUUAUCUAGUGCUGUGGACUUUCUCGCUCAUUGCCAACACGAGGAGGGGGGCUAUGGAGGUGGCCCAGGACAAUAUCCACAUUUAGGAACCACUUAUGCAGCUGUAAACGCCUUAGCCAUAAUAGGGACAGAUGAAGCAUACGAUUCAAUAGACCGCAGCUCUUUACAAAAGUUUUUAUGGACUCUUCGAGAUGUUGAUGGCUCCUUUGCUCUACACAAAGGAGGCGAACAAGACAUAAGGGGAGCGUAUUGUGCAGUAAGCGUUGCUAAAAUGACAAAUACGUACACAGAUCUCUUAUUUGACAAGACAGCAGAGUGGAUAGUUAGUUGCCAAACUUAUGAAGGAGGUUUUGGCGGAUGUCCAGGCAUGGAGGCACAUGGCGGAUAUGCUUUCUGUGGGAUCGCAUCUCUGGCGUUACUAAACCGGCCAAAGCUAUGUGACAUAGAUGCACUCCUGAGGUGGUGUGUAAAUCGUCAGAUGCGGCUAGAGGGUGGCUUUCAGGGACGGACUAAUAAACUUGUUGAUGGCUGUUAUUCAUUUUGGCAAGGUGCUGCUUUUCCCAUAAUCAGUGCAAUCUUAGCGCAAGAAGACAAAGAACUGAUAGAAACGUGUUUAUUCAAUCAAGGUGCCUUACAAGAAUACAUCAUUGUUUGCUGUCAAGCCAACGAUGGAGGCCUAAUAGAUAAGCCUGGCAAAGCGCGCGACAUCUACCACACGUGCUACACGCUGUCAGGGCUGUCGAUGGCGCAGCACGGCACGGGCGCCGGCGACCCGUUCGUGGUGGGCUCCCCGCGCAACGAGCUCAACCGCGUGCACCCCCUGCACAACGUGGCGCCGCACCUCGUCUACAACGCAGUGCACUACUUCAUCAGGCAUCCGCCGCCGGUCAAGGAUUUCAGGAAAAACUAGCUUGAUUUAGGUCUUCAAUUAUUGACGCACUGCUUUGCACAAUUACGUGUGAUGCGUGCGUCACAACAAAUAGUAAAAAUAAUAGGACGCUAGUAACUUUUGGAUAAUUAAACAUCUAACAGUUCGAUUUCGGUAACCACUAGUAAAAAUUACUGGUCCUUCGAACCGGAUAAUAUAGGUACGGGUACGGAUUAAUCAACUGGUCCCUGGAGCUGACAUUAGUUUUUAGGGAAAAAUGUAUCUUUUCAUAUACAUUCUCCGGGCAUUGAACUUUACAAAGUUAUGGAUGUUAUUGUAGGUAUAGGUAGAUAUGGUCCUUCGAAAGGGAUUAUGUAAAAGAAAUCAAGACACCUUCUGGAAAUCGGAGGCAUGUUAUGUAAUAUCAUAACAUAACAAAACUUCCGUGAGACAUAGACAUAUUAAAUAUAUUAAUAACGGGUCACUCACGUGUUUUAAGUCGAA